AUGGGCUACUACGUAAUUCAUAUCACGUAUCGGGCCUCGCUGCUGACAGCCUUUAUACUGCCGUUUGAGAAGUACCGCUGGUUACGGCUUUCCAUGAAACUUUCAGCCGCCACGGAUCACUUCCAAGCACGCAUCACCCGCUUACUUAAAAAUUUCCCAUUAGUUCGCUGCUACCGGGAUGAGGUCGUCAUACCCAACGGCUGGAAGUCGUGCUGCAACGUCUCAAGGACGCUAGACUCACUAUCAACGUAUUGA